GUCAUGGCGGCCAAAGUCAUCACGUCGACACUGCAGCGGGCGGCCCGCGUAAAGCAAUACACAUUGGCGUUCCUGUUGCGCGAUCAUCAAGGUGAGAAGCAGGUCCUGCUGGGCAUGAAGAAGCGCGGGUUUGGUGAAGGCAAAUGGAACGGCUUUGGCGGAAAAGUCGAAGUGACCGACAAGACGAUCGAAGAUGCCGCGGCGCGUGAGAUGACGGAAGAGGCAUGCGUCGACGUGCAUGGGAAAGACAUGGAGCGCGUGGGCACCCUUGUGUUCACCUUCACUGAUAAACCCGAAGUCAUGCAUGUGCAUGUAUUUCAAAUCCGCGCGUACUCUGGCACACCGGCUGAAACGGACGAAAUGCGUCCCCAAUGGUACACCUACGACACCAUUCCGUACCCUUCCAUGUGGGCAGACGAUUCCAUUUGGCUUCCACAUGUCCUCGAAGGCCAUCGCAUCACGGGACAGUUCGACUUUGCCGACGACGAAACUACUGUCCUCCAUCAUGUCUUGGAUCUUGAUGGCAACGAACCACCGAAUUGACUGUGAAUUGAGUUGACUCACACUACUAGUAUUGGCUUUUGUUUUCCACUCACUGUUAAUUAGUAGUACUUCCUCUGUUCGCA